AUGGCUAAUUUCCUACCAUGUUCUAAGACCUUUGAUGCUUCUAAGAUUGCAAAGCUCUACUUUGAUGAGAUUGUCAAACUUUAUGGUCUCCUCAAAACCAUAGUGUCUGAUAGGGAUGUUCACUUCAUGAGUUAUUUUUGGAAGACCUUGUGGCAUUUAGUAGGCACCAAAUUGAAAUUUUCCACGACAUUUCAUCCUCAAAUUGAUGGUCAAACUGAGGUGAAGCCCUUAGAUCUUUUGCCUAUGUCCCCACAUGUUAGGAUUUCUGAAUCUGCUAAGGCAUUUGCACGACAUAUUCAUGAUUUGCAUAAUGAGAUUCACAAAAAAAUUCAGUUUCCCUCUGGGAUCAUUAAGAAAUUGCAAGCUCGUAGUGUUGGUCCAUUCAAGGUAUUGAAACGAAUGGGCCCAAAUGCAUAUGUCAUUGACCUUCCUCAUGAUUAUGGUAUUAGCUCCUCCUUUAAUAUUAAGGAUCUAGUUGCUUAUAAAAGCCCCAUAGUUAUUUCUGGUACCCCUUUUGAUGAGCCUUUGCUUGAUCCUAUUAAUGCCCAUAUUCCUAUCCCUUUACCCUUAAAUCUGCCCUAUGCACAUAAAGAAUCUAUUGAUGCUAUUUUAGAUGAGCAAAUUGUUUCUACCAGGGAUGAAGGAGUUCACCAUUUCCUAGUUCGUGGCGAGGGCAACCAGAUUCUGAUUGCACAUGGAUUACUCAAGAUGAGCUACAGCGACUGGAUCUUGACUUGCUGA